GAAUCCCGACCUCCUCUCCGGAAAGAGAGCGAGAGAGAGAAGUACAUCACACUCACACGCGAGAAAAAGUACUUGCUAAGAUAUUCGGAGCCUCGCGGAUAAAAAAAAAAAAAAAAAAAAAAAAAAAAACAAACACCGAGUGAAAACUACCUGUAACCUGGAAGUUUGCGUUUCUGCUUCACUUCCAUCUAUUAUCUCCUACUUCUUUUUUUUUUUUGUUUGUUUUUUGCAAAUAAAGUUGACUGCGCGGCUGUGAUUGACUGAAGUGUUCGCGUGCUUCAAUGCCUCGUGCUCUUGCGCAAAACAUGGGAUUUCCGUCUUAGCGCCGCUUCUCCCGCAGCACCGCUCCGGCUGGAAGCUUUCUCAAUGGAUUUUACCGACGGUUUUCCCGACUGAGCUAUCGCCGCGGGGAAUAAACUCGCCCUCAACUCGGAAUAAUUUUGCCUAAACGGGGGUCUAAAGCGUCGAGAGCACGGACUUCAGAUGUGUCCCCUGCCAGCCACAGUGGCCCUUCAGUCCCAAGAUGUUUUCCAGAAGUCAGAACGACAGCAAUGGGGGAGAAGGGCAGCAGGAUUCGUCUGCGUCAUUAAACUGCCCGUCGGGCACGCCGAAUGACGAAGGGAGCCCGCAGCCACAGACUUCACAGACCGACGAUGGUCCGCCGAAUCCUGGGUUAAACAAAGGGCAGCUGCCUCAUGCUGAACCAGUGCUAUCUCUGGAUCAGAUUAGGGUAACUGGAAGUAGUAAUGAGUACACAGAAGGGCCUAGUGUUGCCCAAAAACCUCCAGGUGCUCAGGAUACAUCACAAGGUUCAAGAAGCAGCGGGCAGCAGGAGACUCAAAAAGAGAGGCCUUAUAAUCUCCACAACCUCCACGGAAAUGCUUCCAUCUCUUCCAGGGUGGGCGCUGUGCGGUCUUCCAGUGUAGAGGACUCCCAGAGCAGCAUCAGAACCAGUGUGGGAAGCGCUUCUUCAGACCAGAGGCUCCUUGGCAGCCCAGAAAGCAGCGACCAGAUAAUCAGAAUACAGCCCAAACACUCCGAACUGAACUCAGAGGAGCUGAAACCCUUGAACGCUGAGGCCGGGCCUUUGGCGGUAGCGCCGGGCAACAGUAGCCAUAAAAAACAAGGUAAACACUCGUGUAGGUGUGAGGACUGCGGCCGAUGUCAGUGUUCAGAGUGCCGUCGCCCACGGGCGCUCCCUUCCUGCUGGAUGUGCGGCCGGCGGUGCAUGUGCUCAGCAGGGAACGCAGUGGAGUACGGGACAUGCGUGUGCUGCAUCAAGGGCCUUUUCUACCACUGCUCCAGCGACGACGAGGACACGUGCACAGACAAGCCAUUCUCGUGCACGCAGUCUCACUGCUGCGUCCGCUGGGUCACCGUGUCGCUCCUCUCCUUGUUGUUCCCCUGUAUCCUGUGCUACCUCCCAAUUAAAGGAUGCGUGGCGGUGUGUCAGUGCUGCUAUGACCGAGUUACAAGACCCGGCUGUCGGUGCAAGAAUUCAAAUUCAGUCCACUGUGAGGGUGUCAGCAAACGAACAUAGAUGACUGUGUGUGUGUGUGUGUGUGUGUGUGUGUGUGUGUGUGUGGUGUGUGUGUGUGUGUGUGGUGUUGAAAUGUACAUGGAGGCUCCACACUUGCUGACCUGAUGUGUAGUUCUGUAGCUGAAAGGUUUUAAUAGAGAUCUAAUGAUGCUGGUGUGCUUGAGUUUUUGUAUUUUCCAUCUAGAUUGUUUCCAUAUCUGCCACAAAACGGCCUUAGUUUGCCACCUUUUUAAGGUGAGUCGAGAAAAGUCUUUCUACUAAAGGCACUGGAGGUGCAUUUGCUCACCCUAGCAUUAUGAGUCUCACUUGAAAGGUAAACCAAAAUAAGCGCUCUACAUUUAAAGGUAUGAAGACAUAUUCACAUAUUCAACUACUGUUUAAUUUUUUGUUUUUUAUUUUGUCCUGAAUAAUCAGGAUACUCCAGUACCCUCAUGUUGUUUUAUUGCUGAGAGUCCAGCAGAUAGUGUCUUUGUUUUUUUUGUUGUUUUUUUAACAUUUAAUACAACUUAUAUUCUAAGAACAGGCUCCUGUUACUGACUGUAUGUAAUGUUUUAAAUGCAAAUAUAAUACAUCAGAAAAUGAGUUGGACAGAUGUUUUAUUUUUGUACAUAUUUCAACUGUGAAAAGUUUUGUCAUAACGGAGGCACCUUGAUGAAUCCAUAUUUACGCUAAUCAGCCAUAACAUUAAAACCACUGGCAAGCGAAGAGAUUGCAUUGUCGCAGUAUAAAGUUUGAGGGGGAAACCUUGGCUUAUUUUGGCACGUACCACCCAUUUAAACAACUGUUUACACAAACCCCCCACCACCAUGGGAAAGCCAAGCCCCAACAGGACAGUGUGCCCUGCCACACUUCUCAAACUGCUCAGGAAUGGCUAAAGGAACGCGAUAAAGGAUCCCAAACUGAUCGGAAAAGAGCCAAACCGGAGUCCCCGACCCGUGUCGAUGUCCCCACCCACUGCCAGACACCCCGGAGGCAAAUCAGUUUUCAAACGAGGGCGAUUGAUGGUUUUAAUGUUUGGCUAACGGGUGUAUAGAAAUCAGUAAAUUCACUGUUUUGUUUUUUUUUUUCUUUUACAUUCACUGGAAUGUUUCUCAAUCAUGUUAAUGUAAUUUACAAAGGAAAGAUCCCUUUUACUUGUAAAUUGUACAGUGACCUUAUAUGAAAAAUCUAUUUUCUAAUUCCAACAUUUCCUAGUGUAAAGUUAAAACUAUAUAUUUAUUUGAAGGUUUAUUAUUUUAUAAUGAGAAAAUAUUUAUUUUGACAAAACAUCAAUGCGUCACCUCUUUGUGGGGGAGUCACUCUGCAGUCACUGCAGAUGGGACCCUGUAUGAGUGUCAAAGCUGGAUGACUAGUUCACUAUGGAUUAGGAGACAAAUAUAUUAACGUUUGAAAUUAAACAACCCUGAAGUCUGA